GAGGAGAUCAAGACCCCGCUGGAGAAGGAGGAGUUCUUUGCAUGGCAGCAGGACGUUGAGGUGUCUGAUAAAAUAGCCAACCAGGCUCGCCCCACAGUGUUCCGGUGGAGAGGGGGAGGAAAGGAGGUCUUUGUCUCCGGUUCCUUCAAUGGCUGGGGUAGCAAAAUCCCACUCACCAGAAGUCACAAUAACUUUGUGGCCAUCUUGGAUCUGCCAGAGGGAGAGCAUCAGUACAAGUUCUUUGUGGACGGUCAGUGGACCCACGAUUCAUCAGAGCCUGUGGUCACCAGCCAGAUGGGUACAAUCAACAACGUGAUCCAGGUGACACAGACCGACUUCGAGGUGUUUGAUGCACUGAUGGUGGAUUCACAGAAGUCGUCAGAGGCAUCGGAUCUGUCAAGCUCUCCCCCCGGCCCAUAUCACCAGGAUCCCUAUGUCUACAAAGUGGAGGAGAAGACUAAAACACCUCCUAUUCUACCGCCACAUCUACUCCAAGUCAUUCUGAACAAGGACACUGGGAUUUCAUGUGACCCUGCGCUUCUGCCAGAACCAAACCACGUGAUGCUCAAUCACCUGUAUGCCCUGUCCAUUAAGGAUGGUGUCAUGGUGCUGAGUGCCACUCACCGCUACAAGAAGAAAUAUGUCACCACUCUCCUCUACAAGCCCAUAUGAUGUACCAAAACCACCUCUUUUUUCCAGCGUAAAAGUUUAUUUUUCUUCAGCGAUUGUCCCUGCUCACAUAUACUCGUCCAGGAUCCAUUCACGAGGACCUUACGUGAUCGCCUAGAUGAAAAGCACUGCAACUGCAGGAAACCCCAUCUGUCAUUGAAGGCUCUACACUCCCCCCACGUCUCUGUCACCACCUUGACUGAGUAAGAAAGCAAAUGGAAAAUCCAAAAUUUGGGGCCUUUGCCUCUUUCCCCCUGUCCUUCAGACAACCCCAAUGGGAAUAAAGCCUGAGUAUUGGAGCCCGUCCCCCCGGUUGUGAAGCCAUUCUCUUCAUCGCAUUGUGGUUCUCCAUCCUAUCAGCCCGACUCUCGGCUGCUCCACUUCAUCCUCUGGUGUGAACACCAAGUGCUCGUGUGUUUCAUUCGAUCUGGUGGUCGUGUGCAAACUAUAUAACCAAUGGGUCACACACAGUCCCACAAGCACCUCCUCUCUCCCCCCCCACUUCCCCCCCCACUCCCCCUCGCCGUCAUUUAGCCACAAGUCCUGGCAGACUACCACAGUAUAAUGGCUCCCCAAGGGGUUAAAUAAGGGAUGGUGCUCCAGUUAGAAUAGGGAAUCGCCAAAAAGCACUUGGGUUAAUGCAGAUGCAGAGUACAAAAUACUGAGUAUUGUAAUGUAUUGAAUAAUUGGCUGGGGUCUUGGGCUUCUUUAAUCAUGUCCUUGUGUGUGUGUGUGUGAGUUUGUAUGACCACUAGAGAGAUUGUAAUUGUUAUGCAUUCACUUGUACUCUGAUUAUUCAUGGUUUUGUAAAAUGCUUUUAUACCAGUUUAUAACCCCAGUACUAAAUGAACAUAUUGAUGGUGAGCAGUGGCACCCGUCUUCCUCGUUUACAGCAACGGGAUCCUAUUUUCCUGAGCUGAUGGCAUCCAGCUCUCAUUCCCUGUUUUGUGUAUGUGUAUACACACUGCACUCACACCGUGGUUGCGAUCAGCCUUCCGCUAGAAAUGCAAUGAAAGAAUGAGUUCGUUGCCACACGUCAUCCUCCAUUCCUUAGUUCUUCGUGUCCACUCCUUUCUAUCCCUUUCCACCUGUGCUAAUGUGGGUCGAGCCACACACGGUAGGAGUGGAUAUGUGAGUAAUGCAGCACAAUUGAUGGGGUAAUUCGCUAUAGAUUUUAUACGCACUCUGUUUUAGUACUUUUAAAAAAAAAUCCUGGAAUCGGGAAGGAUUCUUGAGAAUAUCAGUUCAGCAUUGUGUACGAGCGGGUAAUUGUACGAAUGACUAGUUUGAGUGAAUCCAGGGCGGGAUAUCCACCCACUUUUUCCGUCACGUGGUAACCGACCUUUCCCUCGUUGAAUAAAUUCUGAAAUUAUCAUGUAAAUUGAAUUGUAUAGUGUUGUGAUUCUGGCCUCUUUAAGUCAGAUGAAGCAUCAUGAAGCGUGGGCCAGACCCCUCCGCCUUUGUAGGAAUCUCAAGGCAAUUUAUCCUGUGGAGAAAGUGAACCCGUCACCGUAUUUUAAUUUCUUGAAUUGCUUAUGUUUUCACAGGAAAUCAAUAAAUGAUCUGGGUUGAGA